AUGCCUAGUCGCGCAGUCCUUCGAAAGAAAUCCCGACGUGAGACGAAGCGGCGUCGGCUCGAGGCUGAGGGGGCGGCGGUUGCCAUUUCGUUGCCCACGAGUGAAGCGUUGCAGGCCCAUGCGCCUCAGCGGGCGGAAGACGCUGGGGCAGUGGAGAAGCGGGCGACGGCGGUGGUGGUGAGCAGGAAGCGUCCCCGCGAAACCGCGGCUGCGGUGCCGGCUGCCGAAGCGGUGGAGUCCACGGAAGGGAUGACCCGCAAGGAGCGAAAACGGCUUGAGGCAAAGCAGCGCUUCGAACGGCAGCUCGCCAGGCUCAAUGCGGCGGUGGUGGAGGAAGAGAACACCGCCGCAACCACAGCUGCCGCGUCGGCGCAGUCUGUGGGGGCGGAGGCCAGUAGUUCGCUCCCUACGCAGGGCGACGCAUUGCGACACGAUCCAAAGUUUAAAAAUGGCACCUUUUGGCGUACGCGAAAGGAGCGACGGGAAAGGACGGUUUUUCUUGGCAACGUGCCUGCAAGGUUUACUGCGCAGGAGGUCACAGACUUUGUGAGUUCCUUCCUCGACGCCUAUCGUGUGCGGAACGGGGAAGACGUGAAUGCAGCGGAGACGGAAAGUGGCGAGGGGGGCGGUGGAGACGUUGGCGUUGUGGAUUCGGUGGAUUUUCUUCCCACGAAGCCACGGGUCAAGCACCGUCACAUGUUCGUUACGCUCCAGUCGAAGGAAGUUGCGGAGCUCGUCGUUAGACUUCUGGAUGCGUACAAGUUGGAGGGUGCUGUGCUGCGAUGCAACUUUGCCUCGGAUAAGGCGCAGCGAGGCGAAGCCAUCCGCCGCCGAACGGCUGCCCCUGCCCGUUUCUAA